CGAGGUAGCACUUGUCACUUAUCAAGCAGACGGGACUCAUUAGAUCUGUAUAGGCGCACCGCUGGGUUGGGCAGCUAUCGUUCGCCUAUAUAAUUUUCGGCAAAAAGGUAGUCUGAUCAACCGGUGCUCUCUCACUGCUACUGUACAGCCAGCCUCCCGCCUAUCUCCACCGACCUAGCUACCUACUACCGACCUAGGUAGCUACUACCGAUCGACCGACCGAUCCACGCACACUCGUACACUACCACACUACUACACUACUACACUACUGCUGCUACUACUACUGCUACGACCUCAUCUGACCAACUACUACUGUACAUAUUUAUCCGCCCGCCGGCCUUCUUGCGGAGAAAAGGAUUUGCACGCCAGCAGACCGUUGCGCCGCUUCCCGUCCCCGUUGUCCCAGUUCGUUUCGAACUUUGCAUGCGACCUCGUAAUCAUGCUCAUAAUAACAAUCCCUAACAACCAUACCCGAUCUUAAUCCUCAUCUGGAAACUAUACGCCCACCCGCCCGUCACGCCCCCGCCCGCAGAGAACGCGACUCGAUUUUUUUCUCGACAGACAGACGUGUCGUUUCUAAUCCAACUCCUCCCACGACCAACUGCCGCUGUGUGACGCACGCACGUACGACGAGGGAGACGAUAGCGAGCGACGACGACGACGAGGACAAGAAGCAUUGGAAGGACAAGAGAAGGAGAGUUGUACUGGUUGACUGCUUGUGUGUGUGUGGACAGACGGGAGCCCCAAGAUUGGCUACCUGCACCGCAUACACUAUUAUUGAUUUUGCACCACUACACACUGCAGUGGCUGCUACAUACUGCACACCGCACACUGCACACUGCACGCCCGCUGCAGCAACGUUCCUUACCCGCCCGCCGCGCCGAUUUUCAUACCGAUACAUACCUACCAUACUCGACCACAGCCUGCCUGCGCUGCGUGUUUGUUGUGCAACAUCCCAGCAAAAUACCACCUAAAGAAGACAGAUCGCGCGCCUUCUGCAUACCCAAUUAACCCACCCACUCACUCACCCAACCACCUGUGAACUUCCUCGUAUCUUCCAGUCCUCGACGAGCGAUCCACCCACGCGACCCUCGGCCCGCGAUCGGCCCCCGUUGCAACCAUCACAUUGAUCGCAUUGUCUCUUGUGGCCCGACAUGGCAGAGGACGCGAGCAAGAUAUCCAUUACCAUCUGUGGUGAUGGUGGGUGCGGAAAGUCUUCCAUCACACUGCGUCUGGUUCGCAGUCUGUGGACGCAUGAGUACGAUCCGACCAUCGAAGACUCGUACUCGGUCACGCGAAACAUUGACGGGACCACCUUCUCCUUGGCAAUCACAGACACCGCCGGCCAAGAAGAAUACCGCAGUCUGUGGUCGUCGUCCAACCUGCACUCCGAUGCCUUCCUGCUCGUUUACGACAUCACUCAGCAAUCCUCGUUGCGCUCGCUCGAAUGGUUCAACGAGCUCAUUGAGCAAGAGCGCGAACGACGCAUGGAGCGAGGAAAAGUGCUGCCCGUCUGCAUUGUCGCCGGUAACAAGUGUGAUUUGCAAGGGAUACGGCAAGUCGGUGCCACCGAAGGUCUGAACUGGGCACGAAGUCGAGGAUACGGCUUCAUGGAGACCAGUGCGCGAGAAAUGGUCAACAUUGAGGAGACAUUUGCUCUUCUGGUCCGACGGGUGGUAGGCGCGCGGAAGCAACACUUGGAAGGCAUGACACCCAACUUGCCAUCGUCCACCUCACGAACAAGGCCAUUAGAACCACUUUCGGCGAUUAGCAACAACACCACCCACAAUACCAAUAACACCAAUACCAACAACACCAAUACCAACAACAACAACACCACCACCACCAACAACAACAUCAAUAACAACUACAGCGAAAAGGCCCUGCCACCUGAGCCGCGCCAAUCUCGCCAGUAUCCACAAUGGGAACCCGGCGAGGAACUAGGUCGAAAGCGCUGGUGGCACGCGUUCAACUCUCUCAAGUGUUGGUGACGAUAGUUGACCACCAUUUUCUGGCAUAUUCACAAGCCAGCUAACGAUUUCCCUAUCCCUUAAUAGAGAAGAAGGAGCAGAAGAAAGAAGAGAAGCAAUUCUCUAUUCUGCGCAAAAUCUGAUCUCCCGGGACGGUACAAGACGGCACUCUCGGAAUGAUCUACCUCUGUUCGCGUACGAGCGCUUUCUUAUUGAUUUCCCCAUCGGAUGCAACUGCAUGGGCACGGAUGGCACUUGGCGUGCAUAUAUUUCAACAUUUGUGAAUUGGGCUCCGUGGAGUCUGGGAGGAGUUGCGCCAUACCCCUGUAUUCAUAUAUUAUCACAUAUAUCACGACAUCAAUAAUGACUUUCGAGCCUCACUGCACGUGCAGAUGAGCU